UGUUAAACUAGAGGUGGAACACACAGAUCUCUUGUCUAACAGCUUCAGGAGUUUAGAAGAUGUGUGAGAAGCUGUUUGUGAUUGCACUGCUGCUGGUGGUGUGUGUGUGGCUCCUGUGCGCUCAAUCAGUGUCCAGCAGCAACCGAAGCUCAAGGGGACAUCCAGGUGGAGUAAAACCUGGUACAUGUGAGGUCGUAGCUGCCCAUCGAUGUUGCAAUAAGAAUAAGAUUGAAGAAAGAUCCCAGACAGUCAAAUGCUCAUGCCUCACUGGACAGGUGGCAGGAACAACCCAUGCACGGCCGUCAUGUGUCGAUGCAUCUAUCGUGCACCUGAAGUGGUGGUGUCAGAUGGAGCCAUGCUUGGAAAGCGAAGAAUGCAAAGUCCUUCCUGACCUCACCGGCUGGUCCUGCAUCUCCGGGAAUAAAGUCAGAACCACCAAAGUGAGCAGGCCACCGAGACCGACUAAAUAGAAUUAAUCCGUCAUCUAUAAGUAGUCUUGUUUGGCUGACCUUUUGAGAAGGUAUACACUGAU